CCAAGAUGUGGCGCUGAGUGACAGGCCGGGGCAGCCUCCCAGAGGGGCUGCCGAGACGGAUCCUGCCGUGGCCAGCAGCCAUGGGGGGGCCGGGGAAGACAGGAGCGCAGCAGCAGUGGCAGGAGGAGGAGGCGAGCCAGAGAAGGGAAGGGGGGAGGCACCGGGGAAGCAGCACGACAAGCCCCCCUUCAGCUACAAUGCCCUGAUCAUGAUGGCCAUCCGGCAGAGCCCCGGCCGGCGGCUGACCCUCAACGGCAUCUAUGAGUUCAUCAUGCGCAACUUCCCCUACUACCGGGAGAACCGGCAGGGCUGGCAGAACUCCAUCCGCCACAAUCUGAGCCUCAACAAGUGCUUCGUCAAGGUGCCGCGGCACUACGACGACCCGGGCAAGGGCAGCUACUGGACGCUCCACCCUUCCAGCGAGGACGUCUUCAUCGGCGGCACCACUGGCAAGCUGCGGAGGAGGGCGCCCGCCGGGCGGGCCAAGGUGGCCUUUCGCCGAGGGGCCGGGGUGGCCUUCGCCAGCUCGCUCUACUGGCCCCUGCCUCCCUUCCUGGCCCUGCCCCAGCAGCCCACCCCGACCGCCAGCUACGGUUCCUACUCCGGCUCCUACUCCUCAGCCUUCUGCCCUGGAGCAGACAGGCUCUUUGGGGGAGGGAACGUCCCAUACGGGGGGCAUUGCCAGCAGGUCACCGCAGCCUCCUCCUUGUCCUCUGGCUUCUCGGCACCCAGCACCCUCAAUUCCUUCAAUCUCCUGGCAGGACAGGCCAGCUACAUCUUGGCCCAGAGACCACAGCCUGCGCCAGCUGGGGCCUCUCUGUUCCCAGGCUACUUGGCCUCUCUGAACCAGGGCUCUCCCUUUAACCCAGCUCUGCCCUGA